AUGCACACACAACUGGAGAUUUUUAUUACGGAUAUGAAAGAUGACAGUCAGUACGACAAUGCUAUUCCCUGUGAGAAUGCAUACUGGGAGCAUCCAGCAGAAGAUGGCAAGACAGACCAACGACCAAGGGAGAUGACCAGGCGCAAAGAGAGAGUUAUAUGCAGACUCAUGACGCAAGCGAUAUACUUUGCAAAUGCAUGGACUGACGCAGCACGGAAAAACGCAAGCCACGAUGACCAAAAUAAGGAGAUAAAGGGAAUAAUGAGAUGCACCAUAGCGGAUAUAUACAAAGACAUACUGACGGAACACGGAUGCGAAGGUCACUGGGGCACAUAUUACGCAUGGUGGGUGGUGGACCAAAUAUCGCAAGCAAUGAAGGCACCUGGGCGCGAGCAGCAUUGUAAGCGGGGUAUGUAUAACACUAUACACUUAGGGGACUGGCCCAUGAGGCAGCAGAUGAAGACAUGGCUAAAGCAGAAUGAACAGAUGAAGGAGAGACUUGAACAGGAACGCAUAAGCGAUGGGUGCCAGGGCAGAACAUUGAACAUAGGGAGCGACAUGACAAAGGAGUCAGAACAAAAGACAGAUGAAACCACGAAGACUGCAAUGAGGCAGGAGGCACAAGCAAUUUUGAAUGAAAUGAAGAAAGAAAUGAACGAGGAGGAGCAACGAUUAAGGGCGCCAGGUGCGCCAGCACCCACGUACGAUUCUGUGGGCGAAGAACACGAACAAAGGGGUGACCAGAUAGACGCACAAAUACAACACGCAAUCGAGGAAGUGAAAGACAAAAUAAAGGAACUGAUCGAGAAGACUGCCCGUGACAAGGCAGCCGCCGCCAAAGCAGCAGCGGUGACAAAACCAGCCACGACCACCUCGGCAACCACAAAACCGGUAGCUGCAGGAGGAGGAGACCAGAAACGGCCGCAGCCCUCGGCACCAUCAACAUCAGGAGCAGUAGGAAGGGCAGAUUCUCCAGCACCUGCUGCACCACCUGGCGCAGACGGGACAGGUGGGAACCCUGGAAGUAACAAGCCACAGGAAGGUGAGUUAGACUGCGAAAACGAGGAUUCCAGUGGUGUUCUUUCAGGAACAGAAACCCAUACAGGGUCUAGUGUCAGCGUUUCCAAGGGUCGUCAUGCUAUGCCAGGACAACUUCCCUGUAGUGAGUUGAAGAACUUACUACGCCAACAGGAUAUAACGAGUUCCCCUCCUGCUGUCAUAGGUGGCGGAUCCCCGGAACCUCGCCCUGCUGGCACAGAGGAUGCAGCCCGUACCCCAAUACAGAAUCCGGAGCAUGCGCAGCCCACUGCAGCUGUGGGGCGCGUACAUAGUGCGGCAGACGAGGAGGCAAAGGAUAGGGAAGCCCAGGAGGAGGCUCGUCGGGCCCAAGAGAAAGCCGUCCAGGACGAGAUUCAAGCUAUAGAAAACUGGGAGACAGCAGAAAAAGAGGACGCACAGAAAAUAAAACAAUGGGUAUCGGAUGGUACUAAAGCACACAGCGACUUUGGACUUGAAUUAACGCGUACAUCAAAGGAAACGAAUGAUCCAGGAGGAGGAAUUGCACCACCCACGUUACACGCGGGAACUUCUAAUCAUCCCAUUGAAUACCCCGGUACACCCGGGAAUCCGAAUAAUGGUCCCGAUGUCCCCGACCUAACCGGUACGGUCCUUACCGCCACUACUCCCGUACUCUUCUUCCUGUCCGCCGUCACCGUCGCCCUCCUUGGUUAUUCCCUUUGGAAGCUACAUCUAGAAGUGCUCCACGAAUGCGAAACAGCCGAGUGGGAAAACGUCAACGACGACUAUUUGCAAAUACUCGUUGAACAGUUUAUGGGGGGAAACAACGGACAUAGUAGUUCCCCGGCUUCUUCUUCGAACGAGGAAUCAACAACCGGCCAUUCGACAAGCCACAGCCGCCUAACGCGGGAUCCCACCGCAACGGAUUCCUGUCUACCUAACGACGAUAACCCAUGGAGGUGUAUGGAAAGCAUACAGUUCGCCACGGACCCUUGUGCACCGCAUGCACACGACCACGAUCCAUGGAGUUGUAUGCAAUCCAUACAGUUAGAUGCAGAACAGAGUCGUGCUCAUUCCAACCACAGGCAGGCGAACUCGGCCCACGACUGGCAUACCCAUUGGAUCCCUUGGAUUGACCGAAACAAACAUAUUCUGCGGGCGUGCACGACGCAGCCGUGGUUUUUGCAAUUAAAAGCGGAUUGGAAACAAUAUCUGCGCGAGCACAUGGUGGCAAACGGAGCAUCCGGUGAGCACAGGACAGCCGCAACCAUGGAAACGCAGAAAUUGCAUGCAUGGAAAGAAUGGGUAGCGCAACAACAUCGGCAAAUGCGUAUGUAUGGCCAGGAGGCGUCGUUCCAACAUUUGUUGAAUAAUGUAGAGGAGGAGACAGAAUCGCACAAAGGCGACAUACCUCGCGUAGAACAACACUUAGACGUGGAAAAAUCAACUUCUUUUCAUAUGACCAUAGGAACAGGUGGGUACAGCUUAAAUGCAUAUAAAAUGUACAUUUACAUGAAUAAUAUGAACGGGUCGUAUUCUCCUUUAUGUGAAGUUAAUUAUUAA